AUGGGAGCCAGUAGCGAUGGGAACGAGGAUGCGAGAACGAAUUUCGAGAAGAUGCGAGAUUUCGUGCGAAAGAAAACACGUCGUCCAAUCGACGACUACUACGAUUGGGUACCCCGUCCGGGUACUCAAUUCUGUAUUCAUAUGACAAUUCGAAGUAUUCAAACGGCCGCCGUCGUUGGUUCGGUUCUUGGACCGGUUUCAGCAUUACUCAUGCAUCGAACCGAUAAAAAAGAUUUGGUUGAAGCGUUCCGUCUGGGCGGUCUACACGGAGCGAUGGUCGGUGCCGCGUUGGGACCAGUGAUAUCACUGGCAACGUGUAAAAACAUGAAUCGAGUGCGGAAGUUUCAGAAUUUGGUGAAAAGCAAAUUCGACCAAUCACAACUCUGGCAAGAUCACAUCGCAAUCGCGUCGGCCGCCGUCGGAUACAUGUCGAAUGGUCAAAUCGGAUUAGUCGUCGGCCUCGAUUUAUCACUUCUUUUCGCUGUAAUCACUAGAAAUUGGUAG